UAUAAUGAGGGAUGGUGUGUCAAGGUCAACAUAAAAAGACCGGUCAAGAUUACUGAGGAGUCACACUCACAGUUUAUACAAUAACAAUGGCCCACAAAGAGCUCUUCGAUUUCGAGCAUUUACUCGCUCAAUUUACAGCGUCUAAAACGCCGGAAAAUGACAUUUUGAUCGAGCACUAUCUGAACGCCUUCAAUGAUCUGUCAAGGUUUUUUGAGCUGUUGGGCACCGCAUUCGGUUUCGUCUCCAAGGACAUCAACGAGAAAAUCAAAAUCCUUAAAGCGCAUCAAGCUGAGAAUCCCGACCACUUCGUCUCCAUCCAGGCCAUGGUCGCCUACGAGGUAGAGAAGUCCCUGACAAAAUCCAAGACACCCUCAGGCCUCGUGUCGGGGUCACGGACGUUACUCAGGCUCCACCGAACCAUGGAUUUCGUCGCUAAAUUUUUAACGCGUCUGAAAGGGAUGAACGAUGAGGACUACACGGGCAAAGCGGCGUCGGAGGAAUACAACAUUUCCCUCGGAAAGUUUCACCCAUGGAUGAUACGUAAAAUGGCGGGAAUCGCGAUGUACACGCUUCCGACGAGAAAGGUGUUUAUUGAGAAGUAUUGUAAACAAAAUAAGGAGCGACUGGAGGAGUUGGUCGGUCCAACAUCGGCUAUGAUGACGGAGAUUCAUGAAAUUACGGAGAAAUUGUACGGUGAUCAUGAUCUACUGCAACUACCGUAGCUGGAAUGGGUUUUUUGUUCCCCCCAGUGAGGACCAUGUACAUGGUGUAUUAGGCACCAGUCGAGGGAUCAAUCUUUUUUCGGGAGAUGUAACUGGAACCGAUCUUUUAAUUUUGGGUACUAAAAACUUCCUGCGAAUGCGAUACCGCUACGAAUUUUUAUGUCACAGACCUGUUUUCACUGUGAAUGUUGAGCACAUUUCAACUGAUGGGAAGUGAAAUCCCUUCCGGAUAGUGCGUCAUGCAAACAGACCAUUUUCCAUUAAAUGCAAUUUUAUAAACUAUCAGAUUGUGAAUGCAUACAUGCUAAACGUACAUUAUACUAUGGAUUAUGCACAUGUUAAUUAAAGACCCUGGACACUAUUGGUAAUUGUCUUAGACCAGUCUUCUCAUUUGGUGUAUCUAAACAUAUGCAUAAAA